CCCACCCUUUCGCGCGCCAUCGUGCGUCUGUUUGCAAUUGGCUUAAUUCUUAUCCGUCCAGUCCGUCCCGCUUGCUGCGUCUUUAAUUUAACCCAUCAAGCGAACACCUCCGUUAGCGGCCACACAUUAGCGAUAUCUUAUCACAUCAUCACGGACAACAUCGGCGCUCUAUCCUCCCGGAGGAAGCUGGGAAUAUCUGGCAUAUCAGUGCGUACGAUCGCAGAAAAGCAGCAGUACAAUGGAUUCCUCCAGAGCACAAGAAGGUCUCAGAAAGAGACCGAAAAGUAGUGAUUCGGAUUCGCAAGAUCAUCUAACGCUCGACACACGUGUGGUGAACAAAAUUGGCGAACGAAAUGUGCGUAUUUACAAUCUUCCCCAACGGUCGAUUCGCUUCGUGAAAGAUCUGGUGACAACACUGGUGGAAGAGCAAUGGCGUUACGUUUUGUUCGUAUUUGUCGCCAGUUACGUCGGCAGCUGGGUGUUCUUUGCCGGCCUGUGGUACAUUCUUUCCUACGCUCACGGUGAUCUGAUUCAGGAUUCACCCACCGGGGAACGGUUGGGCGAUGGCGUUAUGCCGUGCGUGCAGGGAGCCACCAACUUCAUCGGGUUCGUGCUGUUCAGCAUGGAAACGCAAAUAUCUACCGGAUACGGCGAGAAGGUACCGACCGAGGAAUGUCCGGAAUCGUUCGGACUGCUCACCAUCCAGCUGAUCGUGGGGCUGCUAAUCGACGGUGCCAUACUCGGGGUGGUGUACGCGAAGUUGGUUCGUCCGCCGCAGAAAAUCUCCGAAAUGAAGUUCAGCCGACGGGCCGUGAUCUGUCAGCGGGAUGGGCAGCUGUGUUUCGUGUUUCGUAUCUGCGACCGGAAGUGGCAGCAUGCUAUCGAGACCAAGGUGACGGCCGUCCUGCUCGCAUCGAGACGCACCGCCGAGGGAGAGGAGAUCGAGAAGAAUGAAUCCUACCUGAAGCUGGAGAACGAUGGACGGUUGGUGUUGCUUUGGCCCGUUACCGCUUGUCAUGUGAUCGAUCGCGAUAGCCCGCUGUACGAUGUGUCCGCGGCGGACCUGCUCGAGCGCAAGCUGGAAAUUGUGAUAACGAUUACGGGCGGCACGAUGACGACGGGGCAGAUUAAUCAGGCGCGCACGUCCUACGUACCGUCGGAAAUAUGCUGGGGCCAUCGGUUCCGUGACAUUGUGGAGUAUGACGCACGAAAGCAGUCGUAUGUGGCCGUAAACGAACGCAUGCAUGAGAUAGAGCAAGUCGACACGCCACUGUGCAGUGCGCGCCAGUUAGAUAUGUUGAAGAAACGGCUACAGCGAGAUGUUAAGCAGGACCGACCGGCAAGUGCUCGCCAAGAAUCGAGUAUUAUUUUCAAAGACAAUGCGAAUUCCGAUUCGGAGGCGAAGACGGCCGAUAGUAAUGUAUAA